AUGCCGGCCAUGAUGUACGGGACGGCGUGGAAAAAGGAGCAGACGGCCGACCUGGUCCACGAGGCUAUCCGCGCCGGCUUCCGCGGCAUCGACACGGCUGCCAUGAAGCGCCACUACGACGAGGCCCUGACGGGCGACGGCAUCCGGCGCGCCAUCGCCGACGGCCUCGUGACGCGCGCCGACUUAUACAUCCAAACAAAAUUCACCCCCGGCGACGAUGCCUACGCCGACCGCGAGCAGUAUCCCACAAUUGCCUCGCAGGUGCGCGCCUCGGUAGCCUCCUCGCUCCGGAACCUGUCCACCGCCGGCGACGGCGACAGCAGCAGCGACUACCUAGAUUGUCUGGUCAUGCACUCGCCGUACGCGGACGACGAGGACACGCUGGCGGCCUGGGCGGCGCUGGCGGAGCUGGUGCCCGCGGGCGGGAUCCGCGCUGUGGGCAUCAGCAACGUGACGCUGCCGGUGCUCGAGGUCCUCGCCAGCAGCAGCUCCCCCUAUCCACCAUCGGUCGUGCAGAACCGGUUCCGGCGGGCCGAGCGCGCGUGGGACGCCGACGUGCGGCAGUGGUGCGCGGCGCGCGGCGUCGCGUACCAGGGGUUCUGGACGCUGACGGGCAAUCGCGCCGAGUGGAAGACGGCGCCGUUCGUGCGCCACGUCGCCGACGCCGCCGCCGUGCCGCUGGCCACCGCCUGGUACGCCCUGCUGCAGGCUGUCGGCAUCGUCGUGCUCAACGGCACCACCAACCCCGACCACAUGCGCGACGACCUCGCCGGCCUGCGCGCCGUCGCCGAGUGGCGCGCCGAGCCUGCUGGUGCUGAUGUGUGGGCCCGCAGCUUCGCCAUCUUCAAGCAGCUUAUCGGCAUGGAGUGA